AUGGCUACUCAUCAACCUACCCCGACCCUUCUCCUCCCUCAGCUGCCUCCCAAGACCCUCGUCGGAAUCGACCUCAUAACCUUUACUUCAACCGCCAAUUUCCACGGAAUCCGCGACCUUUCUCCAGGAUGGCAUUUUCUCUACACCGGCACCACAGAGACUCUGUCUCUCCGCACUGGCGCAUGGUUCUAUAUUGGCGACACCAACGCCGCGGGGAAGGGCCCAAAUGAGUCAGCUCUCGUCUCGCGGACUCAACCCAAAAGCCAAGCUACAGCAGGCUCAGAUAUACAUAUUUGGAGAUGGAGCGCAGAUUCAGAGACUCUCGUUCCGUUGAAGGGAGAUAGCGACUCGGAUCGCCAAGAAGCCAUGCGCUACAAAGCCAAUCUAGGCGCUGUAUGGCAAAGCGGAGGGCUGUUCAAAUAUCGCAGCCGAAUUGCACCAUCAAUGUUGGUCAAGCCUGAGUCAGCUGGAGCCGACCAACAGGAGGAGGAAGAUCAGCCUCAACCUCAACUCGAGGCUCGGGUUCAGACAGAGGAUGAUGGAGAAACCGAAGAGAAUGGUCGCAGGGAUUGGUUUGGAUUGACGAAUCGCAUCUCACCAAGUCUCUUGUCGCGUGUCAUAGGAGACCCGGAAAUUGAUCUAGAUGGUCAUUCACGUUGGUUAUUGACAUCCGCUUCGACGGCUGACCGCGACGCGGACCAUAUCCCUGGAAUCGAUUCACCCACCGAGAAAACAGAGGAGCGGGCGGAGGGCGAGAAGCCAGAACGAGAAUUCGGCUUUAUUCCUGUGGACCUGAAGCGGACGUGGAGAGAAGGCGCUGUUGGGCGUGAAAGAACGGAGGCGGCUCAAGAUCGGUCCUGGGCUCUGAAUGACUUGAUUGAUCGAUAUGCUGGCGAAGCAUCUGGUGGAAAUCAGUUACUUGGAGAAUUCCAGUUUACCUUCCUCAUGGUGCUGACGAUGAUGAAUUAUUCAUGCCUUCAGCAGUGGAAGCGACUUCUUGAGCUUGUUCUCACCUCUCGCACUGCGGUUUUAGAGAGGGAAGAAUUUGUGAGCGAAUUUCUCCAAAUUCUGUUCUUGCAGCUGCAGCGAUGUGAUGAUGUUGAGGGUGGGCUGUUUGAAAUUGAUGGCGAUGAGGGUGGUAAAUUCUUGCGCAAUCUGCUUAUGAAAAUCCGUCAGUCGGUGGAUGAUCUGGAUAGAGAUCAUGAUGUUUCUGCAGUCAGACAGGAACUUGACGAGAUUCAAGAAUGGGUGAAGGCUGAAUAUGACUGGGAUCUGCAGCGCGGGCCAGUUGUUCGUCAGGGUAUGCUUCAAUUGGAGGAUGGCGAAGAGGUUGAGAUGGACUGGGAUGGAAAUGAUGAAGAUGAAGAGACUGGAGAAUAUGCCCCAAUGAUUGUUGAAAUGUGA